GAAACGGUACAGUCUCGACGUCUUUCCUUUUUUCUUCUUAGGUGCGAGGCGCCCGUGUUUUUUUUUUUCCUAAAAGCAACAGCCGUCUUUGUGGAUGCCGCCUUUCUCAUUGAAUGGACGAUGUUACUGUCGUGUCGCUCACCUCGAUGGCACGUCACUUCAAGAAUGGUGGACGCUGAAGGGGUGCAUCUACUCGACCGCCGCGUCCUCCGCAAGAGGCUACAGCACCCGUGGAAACCGUUGCCCUCCCCGCUCUCUACCGCGAGGAGGAAGCUUGCUGCACAGAAGCACAGCAGCGCAGCCUUCCGCGUUUGGCAAGGCAGCACAACUCGCGCAGCGUCUUCAGCAAAGCCCAUGGGGAGACGCGACAGGAGCACAGGAGGCAGCUCCGUCCUCUUCGCUUAGAAACGAGUCCCCUGAAAGCGAUGGUGCCGCAGCGUGGUCGGUUUCUCGCAGUGCAGCUGCCCGCACAAGCCAGCAUUACCCCGAAGAGCCCUCCUCUUCUCCUCCUCCACUUUCACUGCAACGGAGGCCGCAGCUGCAGCCGCAGCGCCUGCCCUUUGCCUCCUCGUCCCCCUCCGUCCUCACCGCCGAGCGUGUCCGCACAGGCGACGCCGCGUCUCACGUUGUCGCCGAGACGCUUACGUGGUCGGUGGGAAACGAUAUGGCGGAAGUCCAAGACGACGACAUCGUGCUCGACACCCCCGCUUCUCUUCUUCCGUGCCUGGCCGCUGCAACACACGAGUUGAAGUCGGCGCAUCAGCGACGGCCGCGCUCUUCUCUCUUCGCCCCGCAUCAAAAGGACGAAAGGAGUUUCGACUUGGACGCGGUGACGCCGGAGAGCAACGAAUUUGCCCACCCUGCCGCGCGCGGCGUCGGCCAGGAUGUGAUUGACCUCGUCACGGACGCCUUCACGGCGCAGCGCGAGGCAGCGGUGCAGCGGCGACGGCAGGUGCUGUACGACCUCACCCACCCAAACCCCAUCGACUACACCUACAACGGGAAGCUGGUGCCGCCGCCGCCGCUCAGCUUUGGCCGAGUCACCGCCGAGGCACGCUCGCUGGGCAACACGAUGAUGCUUGGUCAAACCUACUCCCUGGUGCGGCAGGCAGGGACGCGAGCAGCAGAGGAUGAUUUCUGUGGCACCAUCUACACCGGUGCCGGCAAAAGCACUGCCGGCAAAACGACAAUCUCUCCCUCGUCCACGAUUGAGACGACCGUCGGAGGCGCUUCUUCCUCUUCCUCCGCUGUUUUCUCACCGCCGCAGCGCCACGCGCCGUACCGCAGCCGUGCCCGCGAGGACAACAUCUUCCGCGACCACAACUACUUCUUUGAGGUGAACGAGCUUUAUCAAGAGAUUGUGCUGGUCGGGAGGGCGUGUGCGGGGAAGUCGAGCCUGCUGAACUCAUUGCUGGGCCAGAAUGUGGCGAAGACCAGUAGCAGCCCCAACACGACGCGCAAAAUAUCUUUCUAUCAGAGCGUGACGCCGGACCAGCUGCACGCGUUUCACGCCAAGGAGCACCACAACCAGCUCGUGAAGCUGCCAGGCGGCGGCCUUCAGCUGACCUUUGUGGACAUGCCAGGCUACGGCAUUGAGGGCAUGAGCGACCAGUGGCGUGACGCCGCGAUUGAGCUGACGGACGCCUACUUCGGCGUGCGACGCUCUGUCAACACGGUGCUGUACUGCAUGGACUGCGAGCGGGGGUUGACCAAGACGGAUGUGAAGUACUUUGAGUGGCUGGAGAACGUGCAAGGAACGUUCUUUGUGGUGCUUACGAAGUGCGACAGCGUCCCUCACUCCCGCGUCACCUCCGUUAUGCGCCAGGUGUACACGCUCAUCACGAAGAAUCGGCGCAAGUACCGCAAGGUGUUCCCCUUCAUCAUCCCGACCUCGGCGAAGGACGGCACAAACGUGGAGCUGCUGCGGGGCCUCAUCACGGAAACCUCCGGCAUGAUCCCUGGCGACAAGCUGCGCGAUCUGCUGAGGCAGAAGAAAGAGGCCUUCACGCAGGUGGCGCUGCUGGAGGAGUCCAACCGAAUUGAAGCGGCGCGGCAACUGGAGCGGGCACAGGCGAAGGAAUUCUUCCAGUUGACUCAUGGACACGCCGUGCUGGAGAGCGAACAGGCUGGGUCAAUCUCCACCGGCUCGUCUCCACCUUUGGAUGCGGCAGAGAGGGAGCGAGGGGUCAGCGAAUCAGGCGGAAGCGCGUCCGCUGAUGGCGCUGCCCGUUUCCCUUCGGCGGACGCACAGCAUGACAGCGGACCUCAGCGGUACGUCGUUGGUCUGGGCCACAGCAGCGCCGACGUGGCGGAGUCGCUCUUCCUCACUGGCGAAGACGCGAGCAGCACGCCCAGCGUUUUCUCGACGGCCGCAAUGGCAGAGGAGGCCGCGGCGCAGACGCGGCGAGAGCGGCGAGAGCGAUUCCUCGCAUGGCGCCGCGCUCAUCCGCUGGCGACUACACAGCCGUCGUACGGUGCGUCAGCGGCAUGGGAGGGGGAAGGAGAGGCGGUGGUGCGUGACACGGACGCACGUGGAGGGCAGGACGCGGCAUUGUUUUCUUCAGGCACCCCAGCGUGUGCCGAGGAGGGACACCUUGCCGCUAGCGUUUUAUAUCCGGAAGGAGCGGAGAAAGAAGGGAUGAGACACAGUGCUUGCGAGAACAGCCGGCAGAACACAGAAGCAGCGCCCACGCUGGUAGCGCGAACGAAGGGAGGCCGCUACCGUCUGCACACCGGUCUUGACAACCCGCAAUCGGCGCAGACCGUGCUGGACGUGCCGGGUGACGCCGGGAGGAGGAUGAUGAUGAUGACAGGAAUGGACGACAAUUCAGCUGAGGUGUCACGCCAACAGACAAUUGGAAGAGAUGGGCGUUUGACAACGGAGAAUACUACCGCACCUGCGGAAUCGCUGUCGUCGUCCCCGCCGCCUCCUCCUUCGCCGGUUACACGAUCGAGCGUGAUCGGCUUCACGCCAGGACCAGCCGGUGCCGCUCCUUCGUCCCCUUCUUCCUCCUUUGUCUCUUCGAAUCACAACAACACGAGGGGGAACAGCCACAACGGCGCCGGUGGUGGUAGUGGUGGUGGUGGCGCCGUCUCACACUUUUUGGAUGUCCUGGAGGACUUCAGUCAACAGCCGAACACCGUCAAGUCAGCGAAGCAGCGGCGCAAGGAGGCGCGGUGGCAACGGAAGCAAAAGGGCACGAAAGUCGGCGGUGCGCUGCUCGUCGAGGACGCCAGCGGCCGUCUCUCCUCCUACCAAGCGGGCAGACCCUGCGGCCCAGCUCUUGCGUCGCUGGACGACUCUCUCGAGAGUCGACAAGCGAAGUGGCGGGCGCAGCAGCUAAAAGAGCUGAUCGCAAAGGAGAACCCGGAGGCGCCGUGGCAGGCUAUGCAGCCGCUGCGGCGCAAGCUGCAGGCCUCACAGGAAGAAGCCGCGCUGUCCGGCAUGCGAAAGAAGGAGGUGGCUGCUUACCUGCGUGACGCCGGCCGCGUGACGGACAGCUUUGCUAAGUUCGAGGGCGAGGUCACGGCGGCGAAGUACAUGAAUGAGUUCCGGCAAGCCCCGACGCUGCGCUCGCAGCAGCAGAUGCACCUCAACGCGACCGCCAAGAUCAACUAUCGAUCGAUGCCGCCGGGUUUGUGGAAGCAGUACGGAGGGAAGGAAACGUACUGGCCGACGCCGCAGGUGCUGGGACGUGCCCAGGACGAGAGUCACAGGCCGUGA